ACCCGCAGCAGCAUCCGCCGCAACAUCCGCAGCAGCAUCCGCAGCAGCAUCCGCAGCAGCCACCGUUUCAGAGCAGUGGUGGGUUUGGGCUCAGUGGCAUGAACAGCCCAUCGGGGAGCCCCAGGAUGGGCGGCCCCCAGCAGGGACUCUUAAUGUCACCACGGAACCGAGGGAGCCCAAAAAUGGGGGCCAACCAGUUUUCACCUGGAGGCAUACACUCUCCUAUGAGCGGUAUUGGCAGCGGUGGAGGAAGUGGAGGAGGCACCACCACCUUCUCCAGCAGCUCCCUAAACGCCCUUCAAGCCAUCAGUGAAGGAGUUGGGAGCUCCCUCCCCUCCACCCUAAUGUCUCCCUCACCAGCCCACAAACCAGACAGCUCUCCCAGCAUCCACUCCUCCUCCUCUUCCUCUCAGCCCAGUCAGCCCGCCAAGCCCAGCCAAGAUGGCUCCAAAAGCCCAGCCGGAGGCUUAGGGCCUGGACCUGCUGACCAUCACCACCCGAUGCACCAUCACCACCAUCAUCCGCAUCCUCAGGCUGAGAGUUCCGGAGACAGACCGGACAGCCAGGCUGGUACCGCUACUAAAGAAUUUGGAGAGGGGAGCAAUGAGGCAGGGGUGGCGAGUGCCGAACCCCCUCGGAGGGUACCAGACAGUAAGGGGCAUAAGAAGUUGCUGCAACUGCUGACUUCUCCUGCUGAGGAGCUGGGAAAAGGGAAUAGUGGACCAACAGGACCUCCGGUACCACCCCCAACGACCGGCAACAAUACUCCUGCAGGAUCAGACAGUAAGGACCCCACCGGGGGCAUGACUAGCCCCUCGUCCACUGGGGUGUCCUCCUCUUCCUCAGCCAGUGCCAAUCCAGGCCAGGCGGCCGGGCAAGGGGGAGUGUCCACAUCGCUAUCCUCAGCCCACUACACCGGCUCGCUGCAAGAGAAGCACAAGAUCCUCCACAAGCUUCUUCAAAAUGGCAACACCCCAGAUGAAGUUGCUAAAAUCACAGCAGAGGCCACAGGAAAGGUGACACUUGGGAACCAGGAAGGCGGUGAGGUGGGGACGGGAGCGCCAGGGGCCGGGCCUGGGUCGAUCACAGAGCCUAAGCAGGAGCAGCACAGCCCCAAGAAAGAGAAGACCCAUGCCCUCCUCCACUACCUCCUCAACAAGGAUGACUCCAAAGAGCCAGCGGAUGUCAAACCCAAACUUGAAGAGCUAGAGGGGAAGGGACCUCCAGGGGCUGCUGGCGGCCCUUCACGAAACGGCCCUGGAUCUGGACCUGGUCCUGUACCGGAACAUCCUGAGAGCAAGAUCAAGUCCGAACCACCUGACGACUUGCACAACCUGGAGUCGAUCCUGGGAGAUCUGAGGGGCUCAAGCUCUGACUUUUACCCCGAUCAGGCAGGAAGUGGAGGGUCUAACGACACAGGAGCCAAAUCUCAGGGUUGCCUUGACGACAGCCUGCAGGGUAAGAUUUAA